CCUGAAACCCAAAGCCACCGACGGCCAUUUCCGCCUAUUAAAUUUCCCCUCUCUCUGUCUCUUCUUCUUCUUCUUCUUUACUUGUAUUCCUUUUUUGCCGGAGAGAGGGAAAAUUACAACCAGAAAUGCAGAGGUCACGAGAUCAACGGUCAAAGUCCUCCAGACCCACAACCAUUCACGGGUUCGCUCAAUCUGGGGAUCUGCUUGCCUUUCAAAAGAUGCUUUCUGGCAACCCUUCUCUUCUCAAUGAACGUAACCCUGUUAUGGUGCAGACACCACUUCAUGUUGCUGCUGGUUACAAUAAUGUUGAAAUACUCAAGUUUUUGCUUGGUUGGUCUGGCCCAGAAAAGGUGGAAAUGGAAGCCAAGAAUAUGUACGGAGAGACCCCUUUGCACAUGGCAGCCAAGAAUGGGUGUAGUGAAGCUGCAAAGAAGCUUCUUGCUUAUGGUGCCGUUGUUGAAGCCAAAGCAAAUAAUGGGAUGACUCCAUUGCAUCUUGCUGUUUGGCACUCGCUACGAGCUGAAGACUGUUGUACGGUCAAGACAUUGUUAGAGCAGGAUGCUAAUUGUAGUGCCGAAGACAAUGAGGGCAUGACUCCUAUAAAUCAUCUCUCUCAAGGACCUGGCAAUGAAAAAUUGCGAGAACUUCUCAAUCGGCAUCUUGAAGAACAAAGAAAACGUAAAGCUAUUGAAGCAUGUGGCCAGACAAAAGCAAAAAUGGAUGAACUUGAAAAUGAAUUGUCUAAAAUAGUGGGCUUACAUGAGCUUAAGCAGCAACUCCGCAAAUGGGCAAAGGGGAUGCUCUUGGAUGAGCGGCGGCAGGCCCUAGGUCUUAAAGUUGGUGCAAGAAGACCACCCCAUAUGGCUUUUCUUGGAAACCCUGGAACAGGGAAAACUAUGGUUGCUAGGAUUCUUGGGAAGUUACUUCAUAUGGUAGGAAUUCUUCCAACCGACAAGGUGAUGGAAGUGCAGAGAACAGACCUGGUUGGUGAAUUUGUUGGUCAUACAGGACCAAAGACAAGAAGAAAAAUCCAAGAAGCUGAAGGGGGGAUUCUUUUUGUUGAUGAAGCCUAUAGAUUAAUACCUAUGCAGAAGUCCGAUGACAAGGAUUAUGGUUUGGAAGCUCUAGAGGAGAUAAUGUCUGUCAUGGACAGUGGGAAAAUUGUAGUCAUUUUUGCAGGCUAUAGCGAGCCAAUGAAGCGUGUAAUCUCCUCUAAUGAAGGCUUUUGCAGAAGAGUUACAAAGUUCUUUCAUUUUGAAAACUUUAGUUCGAAGGAUCUAGCUAAAAUUUAUCAUCUUAAAAUGACCAAUCAAGCUGAUAGCAGCUUGUUAUACGGAUUUAAGUUGAGUCCUUCAUGUAGUAUUGAUGCUGUUGCAGCACUUAUCGCGGAAGAAACCACUGAAAAACAGCGCAAGGAGAUGAAUGGAGGUCUAGUGGAUCCAAUGCUUGUUAAUGCAAGAGAAAAUUUGGAUUUGAGACUCAGUUUCGAGUGUAUAGACUCGGAUGAGCUACUUACAAUCACAUUAGAGGACUUAAAAGUUGGUUUGCAAUUGCUGUCAAAAUGAAUGGAACAAGAUAUGACUUGAUUUGCAUAAAGAUUUU